CUUUUCCACCUCAAGCUUUACACUACGAAGACAACACACGAUCAUCAUCUCUUUUCUAUACAGAGCGCCAAUUAAUCCAAACGACUUGGUACUUGUAGAGAACAACAUCUUUCUUUUUUAUUUAAAACAAUACACAUAACAUACAUAUACGCAACGCACAUUUAAAAUGUUAAGACAAACAGUCGCAACUCCCUCGCGGAUCGCCCGCGCCGCCAUCAGAGUUGCUGGCCAACAGAGAUUACCCAGCUCGGCCCCCAGCUUCCGUCAACUUCCUCUCUCAGCUGUCUCCAGACCUGCCAGGACUACCUCUAUCAGGUGGUACAGUGCGGAACCCGAAUCUAAGGAUGCUGCCAAGGACGCAGCAAAGGACGGAGAGGUCGCCGCAGCAGACGCUUCCCCAGAGGCGGCGCUGAAGAAGGAACUCGAGGCAAAGAGCAAGGAGGCGCUCGAGUGGAAGGACAGGUAUCUUCGCUCUGUUGCAGACUUCAGGAAUCUCCAGGACAGGCAGGCCCGUGAGAUGAAGUCUACCCGUGACUUUGCAAUUCAGAAGUUUGCUCGCGACUUGGUCGACAGCGUCGACAACCUGGAGCGCGCCCUUGCCAUGGUCCCGGCCGACAAGAUCAAGGCAGCCAGCGAUGCCGCCAAGGACUCGGAAACCAAGCCCGAGUUCCUUCAGGAUCUUGUGAACCUGUACGAGGGUCUCAAGAUGACCGAGAACAUCUUGGUUUCAACUGUCGCCAAGCAUGGCCUGGAGCGUUUCAAUCCCAACGGGGAGAAGUUCAACCCCAACGAGCACGAGGCCACCUUCAUGACUCCUCAACCCGACAAGGAGGACAACACUGUUUUCUUCACCCAGCAGACCGGCUUCAAGCUCAACGGUCGUGUCAUAAGACCUGCCAAGGUUGGCGUCGUCAAGAACUCAUAACUGCCAGGUUUUUGAGUAGCCUUUGACCACUUUGCUUCCAUCUAAGCUCUCUUUCCAACCACAUGAGAGCCCUGGUCCGCCCUCAUGGGGUGACCAACUGUCAAAAUCAACUGUAUCAUUACCCAUAUUCGAUUCGACCUGAUCACUCGCUGUACUGUAAUUGGAAAAAAAAGAGAAGAUCCCAGAGUUUGGCAUUAUUGGAUCAAACAUGUAUAAUGCUCCCCUCACGAUAAAAAAACAACAACAACACAUUGUCAUAAACACGGAAAAAAAACCAAGUAGGGCUCGGCGCGGUCGGACAGGAAGAGGACUGUCAUGUAGGUAUGGGAGGGCACAUUUGCUUACAAAGUUUCUCAAUGUAUAUAAGACUACAUCCUGUUCAUAUCACAAGCAGGCUUUCGCCCACUGUGUGGAAGCUGCAAUCUUAUCCCUCAUGUUUUUG